CCGCCGCUGCUGCCGGGAGCCCAGGCGGCGAGAGCAGCAGCGAGCGCAGCAGCUGCCGGAGCGAGCCCCGGGACCAUGCCCGCCGCGGCGCCUCCCCCGCUGCACCCGCCGGUGGGGCCCGCGGGCUCGUGCUGCCCCUACGCCCACCACCCGGGACACAGAGGCCUAUUUGACCACACUUUAAACAGCAUUAGCUCAAGGAUAACACAAAGGAGACUACAAGGGACUUGUCCACCCAUCGGUCGUGGAAAUUUUGGAAAACCUUUCUUGGGUGCAAACAGUUACAGUUCCCCAUUUUUAAACCCACAGAAUGGUUUUCACACUAUCCAUUCAGAGAAUAGCCCUGUAAAGCCAAGGAUUGUUACAGUGGUAAAACCAACUGGACACACGCUCAGGAAGAUCACAUUGCUUCUGAACAGGCGCUCUGUCCAGACUUUUGAACAGCUGAUGGCUGAUAUCUCAGAAGCUCUGGGAUUUCCACGCUGGAAAAAUGAUCGUGUGAGAAAACUUUACAACCUGAAAGGCAGAGAAAUAAGAAGUGUUUCUGAUUUCUUUAGAGAAGGUGAUGCAUUCAUUGCUAUGGGAAGGGAGCAGUUGACUUUGAAGAAUCUUGAACUGGUAAUACAAGAACUUUAUCCCAAUAGCACCUAUGCUUUCAGUAUAAUUCAACAAAACUUGGAACAGUCACAAAAACUUAAAAGUAGACUGUGUGACAAAGCUGGGGAUAGUGGUUUUGAUGAGACGGAGACUGCCAAAAACUGCAAUGAUGUCGCAUCUCCCCAACUAGUAGCCAGGCAUGAAGAAAAAACUCAGCCUAAGACCAGGCAAGAGGAAAAGGUAAAGGCCAAAAAAAAAUGGGGCAGAGAUCAUGAUGUGAAGCCCUCUAGAAAAGCCAGAGAAGGAGAAAGAUACUUUAACAAAGAAAAAAGUCUUGAGAAUGAAACAGAAAAGAGUUCAGAUGAGAUAAGAUGUGAGAAGUGUCAAAGAGAGAGACAACUCAGGCAAAAACUACAAAGGGAAAGGCAGGCUGAUAUCUCAUUUGAGAGCAGAGACCUUAAUGUGGGAAUGUGUCAGAGAUAUAAUUUAGAAAGGAAUGUAAAAAUGAGAAAUUGCAGGAAGUCUUCAGGAAACUCUGUGGAAGGUGAGGAAGUUGAAUGGAAGGAUACUGGCUGUAGAAGGAGCUGGAGACCCUUACAAAGGAAUGUUAAUGAAGAGCUGGAAAAUGAAAAAAGGAGUUUUGAGAAAGAAAUUGAUCCAGAAAGACAUGAGAAUCCUGACAAAGAGUUAGUAAAGAUAAAGAAAAAUACCGUAGAUGCUCUGCAGGUCACUCCUGAACCAAAGAAAGAAAAUAGAUGCAAUUCCAGAAUUAAUCAAAGUUGUUGGUUAAUAAAGGACUGUCAGGGAGAUACAAAGAAACCUAUAAAAACAAAGGGGGAAGGCCAAGAAGUGCGGAAGGCAAAAGAGGAAGGUGCUGGAGGGGAAGAGGAUGUUGUGCGUGGAGAGAAUGAGUCAACAAGGAUGAAAAAGAUGGGAGAAUGUAAAGUCAACAAAGAAGAAAACAAACCACAAGAAUUUGAAAGAACGAGGCUGAAGCAAAAUGUCCGUACUAGAGCUGAUGUGGAGAGCUAUUAUGAGAUAGGGAGAACCAUUGGGGACGGGAACACUCAUCAGAACUAUGCCAUGAAAAUUGUUGAUAAGUCCAAGCUGAAGGGGAAGGAGGACAUGAUGGAAAAUGAGAUUUUGAUCAUUAAGAGUCUUUCUCAUCCCAACAUAGUGAGCUUAAUUGAUGUGUAUGAAACUGAGGCUGAGAUUUAUCUAAUCCUAGAGUAUGUCCCAGGAGGAGACCUGUUUGAUGCAAUCAUAGAGAGUGUGAAGUUCACUGAACACGAUGCUGCUCUCAUGAUAACUGAUCUGUGUGAAGCUCUAGUUUAUAUUCAUGGCAAGAACAUUGUCCACAGAGAUCUGAAACCAGAAAAUCUUCUGGUUCAGCAUAAUGCAGAUAAAUCGACCACGUUGAAACUAGCAGAUUUUGGCCUGGCAAAGAAGGUUACAAAACCCAUCUUCACUGUGUGUGGAACACCAACAUACGUUGCCCCUGAAAUACUUGCCGAGAAGGGUUAUGGACUGGAAGUAGACAUGUGGGCUACUGGUGUGAUACUUUAUAUUUUGCUUUGUGGCUUCCCUCCUUUCCGAAGUCAGGAGCGAGAUCAGGAAGAACUGUUUCAGAUCAUACAGCUGGGUCACUAUGAAUUCCUUUCACCAUACUGGGACAGUAUUUCAGGUGCAGCAAAAGAUCUGAUAACCAGGCUGUUGGUGAUAGAUCCUCAAAAGCGCUACACAGCUCAACAAGUUCUUCAGCAUCCCUGGAUCAGAACAGCUGGAAAAACCAACAGCAGAAACCUGCAGAGGGAAGUGACAAUAAAUAUUGAGCGCCACUUUCGGAGCCAGCGCAGGAAGGGACUUGUAGAUGACAACACAUGAAACCCCUUCUUAUUCUCUUCAUGUUUUCCUUUCCUAAAUGAACUCGGCCCAUAGCUUGUGUUGUUAUUGUGCUUCACCUUUUUUAGAUUUUGGGAAUCUGGGAAAGUGCUGGAAAUCUAAGUCUUGGUCUAGCUCUCACUGAAGUGAUUAAAUCUUUCCUCUGACUUUUGUGUGCACUGGAUAAGUCUACAUGUGUCUUUUUAUUUUAAAACACUGAUCUGGGCCAAUAUAUUACAAACUUUUUCUCUUUUAUAGAUUAAAAGUAUUUCUUUUUGCAGCCAACUUCAGUGAUGAUUAUGGAGUGUUUCCUGUACUAACUUUGUACAGUAGUUGCCAGAAGUUUUGUGUUUAUGGCACCUUGUUUUGGUAAUACGUAUGCAUACAUACACACACUGCACUUAACCUCUAGACCAGUUGUUCUCAAAUGUUUUUUUCGUGGACUGUUUGAAAAUUGCUGACCCCCUAUUCCUUCCACAGCCACCACCUCAACUUCCAUAUGAGGGUCCAGGUGCCUAAUUAGUGGAGCCACCCCUGCAAGCCACUGAUUAGGUGGGCAGCCCUUCAUUCUCUCAUGUGUGACCACCCAGGUAUGCACCUUAGAGGGAUCUAUCUACAAACCACCUGAAUGGAGCUUGCAUACCACUGGUGGUCCACAGACUGCACUUUGAGAAUCUCUGCUCUAGACCAGCAUUUCCCAAUCUGGGGUCUGAGGACCCCUGGGGUUCUGUGAGGGAACUUCAGGGGUUUUGUGGGCCCUGCUGAUCAACUCCUCUCAUUCUCUCCCAGUGCCUCCUGUGGCAGGCUCCUUACAUUCCCUGGUUCCUCAUGGAAGCAAACGCCAGGUCCCUGUGGUGGCCUGUAGCCACAGGAGCAACCAAGGAGGCUCUAAGUUUUGCUCCCACCUGUAUCCCUUCAUAUCUCCCAUUGCCUGGGAACCAUGACCAAUGGGAGCUGUCGGGGCAACGCCUGUGGGCAUGAGGGCUGCCCAUGCACCUAGGAGCUGUCAGGGAUCUAGCAGCUACUCCUAAGAGCCGUGGUAAGUUACUUUGGGAUCCUGAAUCCACCCGCUACCCAAACCCAGAGUCCCCUCCCAUACCCAAACUCCCUUCUGGAGCUUACAUUCCCUACCCCAACCCUCUGCCCUAGCCCCAGAGCCCUCACCUGCUCACCAAACCUCUCAUCCCCAGCUCUACCACACCCCCCACACACCCCAGCCAGAGUCUUCAUAUCCCUCCUGCAUCUCAGCCACUGGGCCCAGCCCAGAGUCCCCUCUCACACCCUGAACACCUCAGCCUGGCCCCAACUCCCUGGCUGGAACCUUCACCCUCCCUACACCCCCAAUGCCCUAACCUAGCCAGUGAAAGUAAGUGCAGGAGAGUGAGGAUGCGUCUAUACAGCAGGGCUUAACUUGAAAUAAGCUAUGCAAAUUGUGCUAUGUCAAUUGCGUAUCUUAUUUCAAAAUAGCU